CACUAAAUUCUGCCGUUGCCUGGAAUUGCGCGAUCGGAUGGUGGGGGUCAGGGCUUACACAACAAGUACUGCUCAGCAUGAGCGCUGAUCCCAAAAAUCCAUCCAUUCAAAGGGUUCGCAUCAAGUUUUAAAAAGAGCUGUGACUUGUUUUUAGAGGCGAAACUCCAGUUAUAUGGCUUUAGGGCCAUGACGUUUUGGUCACCAUGCCUUUGCCAGGUAGAAUUUCGAGCUUCCCGAUUUUUUCUGCCCAAAAUGCUUUGACAAGAACCGGUCUCCUGAAACAAGUCGGCGAAACCAAGGAACACGGAAACUUUGACGCGCCACAGGCCGUUAACUCGAAUUUUACAAUUCUCACCUGCCUUUCAUCUGGCCGUAUUGUGGCAUCUUAACUGUGUAGGCUGUCACCUUCCAAUGACACAAAAUGCCUAACUACUCGUAGAAUUUCACCUGCCCAAGGGAAACAAUGUUGAAACGGAGGAAUAUUUGUUAAAACUGUUCGGUCUUAUUUUUCGAUGGUAAAGGUGAGCAGGUGGUGAUGGUAUAUACCGAUAAUGAAGGCCUCAGUGUAUGUUUUUUAAGACGGGCUCUGCAUGUGUUGGUCAUGUGGUGCGCGCAGGUGUUUCUUGAAUAGGGACGAGGCCGUUGGUGUGCCGACUCGUAUAUAUGUCUGGCGUGCGCUCACUAAACUGAUCAACGUUACACCUUAUCUAUGCUAUCAAUUUAACCUGAUUAGUUAGCAAAAGAAAAAUGCGAUAUGACUCCUAUCCACGUCUAAAUUGAACCUUUACUGAUCUUUUCACAGAAACGAGGUGGCAUGCUGCAGUCGGUCAGACACCAUUCUGAGAUGCGAGCCCAAGUGUUUCCGUUUGCAGCAUGUGUGGUGCGGCCGCUGUGUCUGCAUAUCAAAAGAACCCUUCUUAUAGCAGCGUCGGGACAAAAAUUCACACGACCAAAAUGCAACAAGAAAAAACUCAAAGACUUAGACAAAACUCUUUCACGUUGAAUUGUAUUUGUAAGACUCGUCCUUCUCCCUUUUUCCGUACAAGUGGGAGACCAAAAGGCAACAGUUUGCCUUUUUUCUCUGUUGUUCACUUAGUCUUUUGCCUUUUUGUCUUUCACCCCUGUGUCAUUUUCAAUUUGACUUGUAUCUUUUUGACUUUUUCCACUCCACUUUAUGGUAGUCGACCUUUUGUUUUCUUAGUUCUUGACUUGAAGUUCUUUGUCCGCUAGUCAUCCUUCCUCCGGUCGCCUGGCUUACUUCCCAGGAAAUAUUCCUCAAGUAUGCUUUGACCCUGUCCAAACCUUCGCUUAUUGAACCGUUCCUAUGCCAUUGCUGCUUACCGCUGACUAAGUCCGCUCGACAGCUGAACUUAAACUGAGGUGUCUGUUGCCACAUCUGCCUCUCACCCUUCAUUCUUCUGCCAUGAUCCUAUGCAAAUAAGCACCGUGUUUUGUAUUUUGUCCGCAGUGAACAUGACAUCCUUCCGUUUCAGAACCCUGACCAUGGCUGCCUCAUCAGAUAUGACUCCGCUGAAUCAACACAUCGAGCCGUUCGACCCCGACUCGAGCUCGUGGGCAGAGUGGGAGGAGCGCCUAGAGCUGUUCUUCGAGUACAGCGGCAUCACUGACGAGAGGAAGAAAAAAGUCUCCUUCCUGACGGCAUGUGGCAGAAAGGCAUACGCCGUUCUUCGCAGUUUGAUUGCACCUCGGAAGCCGAUGGACGUACCUCUUGCAGAGUUGCUUCUGGUUAUGCAAGGUCAGGAGGAUUCUGACCUUUCAGUCACCAUCAGCCGGCGCAAGUUCGGCUCGCGCGUCCGUCGCGCUGGCCAACAAGUCGCUGACUACGCUGCUGUUCUCCGCCAAAAUGCCAUCGACUGCUGUUUUGGAGAUACCCUCGGGGUCAGGCUGCUAGAACAGCUCAUCUUCGGAAUAGCAGAUGAUCAAAUGCAAAGAAGACUGUUGUCUGAGAAGAAUCUAAGUUUCAGCAGCGCCGUUGCCAUUUGCCGCACUAUGGAAGCGUCCAACUCAGAUGAUGAAGUGACGACCAGUGAUCAUUCAUCCGAGAUCACAACUCGGCCAGACUCGGAGAGCACCAACUGGACGUGCAAUGAGGGCGAGAUGGGGCUGGAGGGCCUGUCAGCCGAGCUGGACGCCUCGAGGAAGGCGUGUGCCAACUACAGUAGCGAAUUACUCCGAGUGAAGGCUGCAUAUGAGGAGUCUCAGCGGCAGCUCGCCUCCAUCCGCCGCGAGAACAAGGUCCUGUCCGGCAAGAACGAGGACAUCACGGACCAGAUCGGGGAGGACGUCGGCAACCCAGGUCCCAACCGAACGCUCCAGCAGACCUUCUCGGCCAUGGAAUGGCUGCUGGAGGAGGCCAAGAACUGCGUCGAGGCCGAGCGCUUCAAGAGAUUAGAGCAGAACAUCAACGAGCUGGAGACCGCCCUCAACACGGCCAACGCGUCGAUUGCCGGAGAACAGGAGGCGGUGCGGCGCUACCAGGCCGAGAUCGGCGAAACAACGGCGCUCCUGAAGGAGGAGGUCCGGGUGAAGACCGAGCUCCAGGCGCAGUUGGACGCCUCAGAACGAGCCAGGAACGCUCUUGGCGUCCAGCUAGAGGAGAGCAGAGCUCUGCUGGAGCAGGCCGAAAGCAGCCGGCACCAGGCGGAGCUGGACCUGGCCAGUAGCAAGGGCAAGCUGUCUGCAAUGCAGGCCACCAGCCAUGCAGCCAGCAUCGCCAGGCAAGAGCUUGAGAGUGAGGUGCAGUCACUCCGAGCUGAGCUCGAAAGAGCUCUGUGCCGGGCUGCUGAAAGCCGGCUGGCUGACGAGCGGCGCGUGGAACGGAAACGGUCUAUGGCGCUAAAAAAGCGGUGCAAGUUCCUCGAGGCGCAGUUCAAGAUACAGGUGGGUGUCUCCGACAGCCUCUGUCGUAAAGUGACUCGGAUCAAACUGUCACCAGGUCAGCAUUCCGGUGAAGUCAGUAAGGUACAAGGAUACUUUGGGUCGGUUAUCAAUAAGCAAUGGCUAUGGUGAUGAACGGUUAUCAAUAAGCAAGUAAAUGGUUGUGAUGGUUAUCAUAGUUAUGGUUAUGGUCAUGGUUACCAAAAAGCAGGUAAACUCUUGCGAAGGCGGUGUGACCUUGAAUGAAGUGUGGCUGUCGUAUAUACGGGCAAACUGUUGAACUGACCGCAAAUCAUGACACAUAAGGUGAAAGCGUCAAAUCACCUGCCAGUGAUGUUGAAAACCAAUUUGAAUACCGUGACAGGUUUGCAUCAUUGCAUGGGAGAAAUGGGACGUCCCAAGAACGUGACACAAAUUGUGCAGAGACUGACUUCUAGCACGUGAGGAGUCAGGAAGAAGACAAAAGUAUCCAAGUAGGAGGCGGCGAAAUCGUUUUGUAGCCGACAUUUUGCUACCAUUACAAUGAAUGUGUAUGACGUUACGCACACCUGGACUUCAUGAUAGGUGGACUCAGAAUUGAUUGCCGCGUCGGCCAUCUUUCCGUUGAGUUGAGGGAAAUCGUUUUACCUUUGUAAUUUCACUGAAACUCGGACUGGAUUUGAGUCAACGAACCGCAGUUUCAGGUCUAAGUCAAGUCUACAAAUUGGUUGUUCAGUUUGCAUGAUAGUGUUGGCACAGAGAUGCCUGAAUGGUUAGGGAGUUGAAAGAGAAUGUUCCACAGUUGAAGAUGUUAAAGCAAGCGUCACAUAUGAUGAGGUAUACUCACUUAUAACUAUUGGUGUACUUUUGAGAGAAAAAGGCUGCUGUAGACAACACGAGUUUCAUUUUCAGUAAAUAUGUUCGAUGGUGUGUCAAUGUUCGAUUGUGCCAUGUGGCGUUUGCAUGACGUUGAGAUACUGCCAAACUAGCCGUGUGAAAAUUUCACUUAUUUGUAGUACUUCAUCGUCGAGGGAUAGCAGCACGGGCUGGAAGUGUUUGCGGAGCCAAAUAUUGUCACAUGUUCAUAUCUCGGCCCUCUGUCCUGAUGUUCUUGUUUGUUUAUUCGCGGAUUCAAAAUGCUUGCUUGUAUUCACUCACUCAGUUAUGACAUUAUUCGUUUACUUGUAUCUACACACUCGAUUGUAUCGUUAUUCUUAAGAUAUUCGAUUACAAGUCGUAUAUUCUGUGCUAACUACCAAGUGAAAAAGUUGUGUCGGACUUCUUAUAUUAUGCAGCACAAAACGCGUUUCGUCGCUAAAGCUUACCACUGCGUACUCAGCAUUGUUGACGAGCCCUUUGAUUUUUGAGUCAUUUGGAAUUCGCACUCACGAACGCCAGAUGUGAACGGCUGGAUGAGAAUAUUCUUCCUGGCCUUGAACGCCGCCUGGCCUGUGAGGUGCCAGGAUUUGAAUGACGUUCCCACGGCGUCAUGCAUGCCUGAAUGACCUUGAAAUAGUCUACACAUCUUCGCGGGCGUGGAGCUCUGAAAUUAAAGGGUUUUAGGUCUUAACGAGGUCAGGGUUAUGAACUUCACCAAGUGAUCUGCAAUUUGGCUAUGUCAGCUCAAACCCCCACGCAAAUGUGGAACACUCCCCUUAAAUUCGCACCAAAUGAGCCGCAAGUAUAGAUAGCCGUGUUUUUGUUGAAACACGUGCCCUGUUUACCAUGUUAUGAAGGCCAUUUUUUCAAGAGCUGGUUAUUCGCUAUACGUUACAUCGGAAUCCAACCAUCGGAAUCAAUUCCGUUUUUGAUCCAUACCUGGUUGAGUCGAAUCCUAUUCGCCUCAAACUUGCACUGCGCUGCCCAAAGUCAGAGCGAGAACCAACACCAUGCGUUGUGGGUGUCGUGGGCCACAGUCGGCAUCGAUCCUGCUGAAAAUGUGUCAAGCACAAUGCUGAUGUAAGAAAACUGCCAUCGUCGUAUAGGUGUUGCAUCAACUGGACCGUGCUGAUGAUUCGAAUUACUGAUUUGGUGUGGGCUUCUCAAGUUGACUGCAUGAAACGUUUCCAGGCAACGCCAUGUACCAACUUUGAACAGCUGCCGACGAAGACGCAAGACCUCAUCCUACAAUACCUCAGGCCCUCACAGUUGUUGGCGAUCCGCGGAGGUAGGUAACACAUGCGAUGGGUCAUUGUGUGGCGUUGACACCUGAACUUCCAUUGCAAGGAUUCUAGUCAGUUGUGUUUGCGUGUUGUUAGGAUAGCUUGGUUAAGAAUAAUUCAGCCAUGAUUUCUGUAUGCAAUUUGCUUGAAUACGCUUCAGCACACAAUGUUCAGCCCUGGUGUCAGGUUGUCAAAGACUGUGAUGCAAUUACUAUCACCUUAAAGUGCUUUCAUAUGCUCAUGAUAUGUGAUCAUUUACUUAGAAAUGUAUGCUCGUGCCUUUCAAGCGUCUGGCUGCCAGAUGCUGUCAGGUAUUGCUGUCGUCACAAAACCAUUCCAUGACGCCAUCAAACAAUGACGUAACGGGGCGCAUUUUUACCAACUUUAAAAUUUUGCUACGCAGGGUGGGUUUUGAAGCUUGAACGCUCACCAAUAGUUACAUGUAAGCUUUUCCCGUCAUAUUUGAUGCUUAUCUCAAUAUCUUAAAUGUGGAACAUUCCAUUCAAGCCAUGCAUAAAACACCGCCGGGACACAUGCCAAAGUAAACCUGGAAGGAUCAUUACUGAGAUCACGCAACAUCAUCAUGUCCAGUACGCACAGACAUUAACAUUUGACCGCUGGACAAUCGAAAACUGACCUUUUCACGCGAUCAUUUCGAUCUGUCAGGCAAUGGACCCUCAGCCUCUCCAUUGGCUCCGAGUCAGGCGCAUAUUGCAUUGUUAGCGACAUCUGGUCGUCGUUAUGGCCACCAGUGGUGAUAGCAGUGUGCGAUAGAUGUCGACGUUAAUUAGUGUUUCGAAGCGGCGGGUCCGCCCACUGGUGCAAGCAGAGACGGAUCCAGGAUUUCGUCAAGGGAGAGGGGGCACUCAACAUCGGGGCCCCCCGGAGUUUGGGGUCCCCCUCCAAAAAAUCAAUGCAUUUCGGUCGUUACGUUUUAAGGCAGGUGCUACGUCGUUUGUAAGAUAUACGUAUAUAUGUAUCUAUGUAUGGGGGGGGGGGCACGUUAAGGGGGGCACGCAACAUCGUGACACGCUGGAGUUUGGGGUCCCCCCUCCAAAAAAAAAAAAUUGCCUUCCGGUUGCUACCUUUCAAGGCUAGUGCUACGUCGUAUAUAUUAUGUAUUUACUUUUUCAUUUAUCUAAUAAAUACGGAAACCCAUCUUACUCUGCACAACCUUAUAAAGCUAGGCAUGCUCGCAUUCAAACACAUAGAGCUCGCUCAUAUUCUACAGGUCAUUUUAAAUGCUGUAAUUUUGAGGCUCAGUGUUUCGGAGCAACGGGAAAACAAACUUGUGUUGGCUGCUAACAGCCAUUUAAACCAAGCAUGGACUUAAUUGCUGGCUUAUGCAUUUACGACUAGCCGGCUGUGCGAUCUUAUCAGCUGAUGGCUGAUGACUAAUGCAGAAUAUUUCCUUUGUUAUUAAGUAGCACAACAUAUCCUUGCGUUCAAAAUAUUUUAAGAACGUGAUGCACUAGUAUAAUGAGUGUCACGCACUCAAUAGCCAAUUGAAAUGACACAUACGACGUCUGCGCAUGUCUACGUGCGGCAAUAGCGCGUAAAAAUUCAUCGGCGCAUAUUCGACUGCUGCUCUCAGACGAAGGCACCAAGGCCAAUAGGGACGGAACAUGAGCGAUCAUGGGUGCCGCAGAAGGCCAACGAAGUGGCUCCCGUCAAAGGGUGUAGGGUUUUCAGAGCAAGCAAAAAGAACCCAACACCAGCGUGGUGGGCCUCUAAACGAUUGGUAGUGCUUCGGCAGACUGAUAUAUAAGGCCCCGGCCAUAGCACAGGACCCUCUCAGCAAAUGGGAAAUAUCCAAGACCAUAAAUUAAUACCCCGGUGCGAUCAAGCGUGCACGGGCAGGUUAACAGCACGAGCCUCGAUAGGAAUGAAGAGUCUUCUGCAAAUGAGAGCAAAGGGAGAGAGCUCUUCAUCAAAGUAGAGGGCCCCUGAGCAUCGAGUGUUUCCGUGCCUUACCUUAUAAGAGCCCUAGCAACAGC